AUGAUCUUUUCUGCCUACGAAGGGCAACAAAAAGACUUGCAGUGGGUGACUGUGACGCUGACGGUCAUCUCAACAGUGCUGUUGAUCUGGCGCAUCACAAACACAAUCAUAAGUAGAGGUUGGCUUGGUUUGGAAGAUGUUUUCGUGAUCAUGGCGAAUAUUUGGCUCGUUCUACUGGCGGCGUUUAUUUACCGGUCGACAACCUAUGGAUUCGGCACGCGCUUAGUCGAUAUCGCAAGGGAUGGCGGGAAUGCUACGGAAGCACUCAAGUCGUUCUGGCUCACACAGUCCUUCUACACGCUCACCAACGGCUUUAACAAGAUGGCUUUCCUGGCUUUGUACUAUCGUGUAUUUGCUCUGAAGCGCUUUCGACAGGCAUGCAUUGUACUAGGGGUCAUAUCAGUUGGCUGGACUGUCUCAUAUGUCGUAGUCUGCAUCUUCCAAUGCACGCCGGUACCUCGCGUCUAUAAUCGAACGAUACCGGGAACAUGCAUCAACUUCUUCUGGCACCGUUGGUCGAAUGCUAUCUUGAAUCUCCUUACCGACCUCGCGAUUUUCAUACUUCCAAUGCCCGUCAUCUUCGGGUUGAACAUGUCCAAAGGCUCGCGAAUCGGUCUUAUGGUCCUUUUUUCGAUGGGCUUCUUCAUCUGCCUAACAACCGCUCUCCGCAUGUCCACGCUGCCCCUCUCACUUCGUACCCGCGAACCGACAUGGCAAUCUGCACCCACGAAUCUUUGGAGUUUCAUCGAGGCCGCGACUGGAGUGAUAACCGCUUGCUUAUUAAGCCUACGUAAGAGCAUCGGCGGGUUGUGGCCAAAGAGAUGGCGAAGCAACAAAGGAACGAGUGGAGCAUACCAGCACUACAGCGGAUCCAAUGGCAUCGGGCUGGGGAUAUCGCGACCCCGCACCGGGAACGCACAUCAGGAUGCGUUCGCCAUGGGAGCAAUGCGUAGCGGUGCAAGGGGCAAGGUUGAGACUCUCGGCGACAUUAGUCCGAGUGAGAGUCAAGAGCGCAUCAUCGAAGACUCCAAGCCGGGAGUGCAUAUCACAUCGCAACCGCGACGCAGCAACAGCACUAAAAGCGAACAUCUUGUAUUGCGGGGUAUUACUGUGACUCACGAUGUAGAGGUUAGGAGAAAUUAA